AUUUUAUGUUUAGAUAAAUAAAAAAAGCUGAUUAUUUAAAUAACGAAAUAAAUAUUUGAUAAAAUGUCAACAAAACGUAAACCAGAAACUCAAGUCCCUGCAGAAGAAAGCGAUCACUUAUUAAUCAGACCUUUGGGUGCUGGUCAAGAAGUUGGGCGAUCAUGUAUUAUGUUAGAAUUCAAAGGAAAGAAAAUUAUGUUAGAUUGUGGGAUACAUCCUGGAUUAUCAGGCAUGGAUGCUUUACCGUUCGUUGAUUUAAUUGAGGCAGAUGAAAUUGAUUUACUUCUUAUUUCUCAUUUUCACUUGGAUCACAGCGGAGCUCUGCCUUGGUUUUUAUUAAAGACAAGCUUUAAGGGUCGAUGUUUUAUGACUCACGCUACGAAAGCUAUAUAUCGUUGGUUAUUAUCAGAUUAUAUAAAAGUUAGUAAUAUUUCAACUGAACAAAUGUUGUACACAGAGUCUGACUUAGAAGCAAGUAUGGAUAAAAUUGAAACUCUAAAUUUUCACGAAGAAAAAGACGUGUUAGGCAUAAAAUUUUGGGCUUAUAAUGCUGGCCAUGUUUUGGGAGCUGCUAUGUUUAUGAUUGAAAUAGCUGGAGUUAAAAUUUUGUACACUGGUGAUUUUUCCCGCCAAGAAGAUCGGCAUUUAAUGGCAGCCGAAAUUCCUACAGUUCAUCCCGAUGUUCUAAUAACGGAAUCUACAUAUGGUACUCAUAUACACGAAAAACGAGAAGAACGUGAAAGUCGAUUUACAAAUUUAGUUCAUGAUAUUGUGAGUCGUGGUGGAAGAUGUUUAAUUCCAGUAUUCGCUUUAGGGCGAGCUCAAGAGCUUCUCCUAAUUUUAGAUGAAUAUUGGAGUCAACAUCCUGAACUUCAUGAUGUUCCAAUUUAUUAUGCAUCAAGUUUAGCAAAAAAAUGUAUGGCUGUGUAUCAAACGUAUGUGAAUGCCAUGAAUGAAAGAAUUCGAAGGCAAAUAGCUGUUAACAAUCCAUUUGUUUUCAAACACAUAUCCAACUUAAAGGGAAUUGAUCAUUUUGAUGAUGUUGGUCCAUGUGUCGUUAUGGCAUCACCAGGUAUGAUGCAAAGUGGGUUAUCAAGAGAAUUAUUCGAAUCCUGGUGCACAGAUCCUAAAAAUGGAGUAAUAAUUGCUGGUUAUUGCGUCGAAGGCACGUUAGCAAAAACAAUUUUAAGCGAACCGGAAGAAAUUACUACAAUGACUGGACAAAAAUUACCAUUAAAAUUAUCAGUUGAUUAUAUAUCAUUUUCAGCGCAUACAGAUUAUCAGCAAACAAGUGAAUUUAUUAGGAUUUUAAAACCACCACAUGUGGUUUUGGUGCACGGAGAACAAAAUGAAAUGGGCCGAUUAAAAGCUGCAUUACAACGAGAAUAUGAAGACGAUCCAAAUUGUAGUAUACAACUUCAUAAUCCUCGAAAUACACAUGCAGUUGAAUUAUAUUUUCGAGGUGAAAAAACUGCAAAAGUAAUGGGAAAAUUAGCUAUGGAGAAACCAGAAUCUGGUCACAAAUUAUCGGGAAUAUUAGUAAAGCGUAAUUUCAAUUACCAUAUGUUAGCUCCUACAGAUUUAUCGAAAUACACAGACAUGAACAUGAGUCAGAUUAUUCAACGACAGAGUGUUUAUUAUGGAGGAUCAUUGUCAGUAUUAAGGCAUUUAAUUUGCCAAUUAGCUGGUACAAUUGAAACAUUAGACGGUGAAAAGAAAUUUAAAGUAUUUAAAAAUAUUGAAGUUUCAAUUGAAAAUAAAAUUGUGACCUUAGAGUGGAUUGCAAAUCCUGUAAACGAUAUGUAUGCAGAUGCUGUUUUAACAGCUAUUUUACAAGCAGAAAGUUUAGAUGCCCCAACAAAACAAUUAACAAGAGCAAUUAAACUUGACAGAAUGCAUUUUAAGGAAUGCUUAAUUGAAAUGUUGCAAGAAAUGUUUGGAGAAGAAUCUGUUCCUAAAAUCUUUAAGGGUGAACGUUUACAUGUGACAGUAGACGGAAAGAAAGCUAAUAUUGACUUAGUUAAUAUGGAUGUAAGUUGUCCAGAAGAUGAAAUUUUUCAACAAAUUGUACAAACUGCUGUCUCAAAGCUAUAUCAAUCUUUAGCUCCACCAAAAAUUGAUCCAAUUCCUACAGCGUCACAAACUUAA